GUCGGUUUGGUUGUCGGUUGUCGGUGUUUCUUGCGGUUUUGAUCUCUUGAUGUAAGAUGUGGUUUUGAUUACAUGUUUACGGUUAGUGGUUUUCAUCGAUUUUAAUUUUUGAGAAACGAGAGAUAAAAUAUUUGUAUCCAUCUCACAAUAAGUAUCUUUAUCAUUUUUAAUCAUCAGAAAGAUCUAGAAAUAAUCUUUGUAAAUCCUGGAACGAACAUCCUGUGAUUCCCCAGUGAAAAUUGAACACGUCAGGGGUGAGUGAUUGUGAUUGAUUGGCGGAUGCAACUGGCUCUAAUGUUUAUUUUACAGUAUUGCGUAGUUGCAGUCGUUCGCUGAUUAAUCGGAUUUAAAACCAGCGAAUUUUUCCAUAAAGCAGAUAACUACCCAGCCAUAAUAGUGUUUUGAGGAAGCUAGGAAUAAUCAUGACUGAAGUUGAAUUCACACCCCGCAAUUAUCAGCUGGAAUUGAUGAAAAUCGCAGAAAAGCAAAAUUCAAUCAUCUAUCUUCCAACAGGGUCUGGCAAAACAUACAUUGCAAUACUCGUAUUAAAACAGCUUGGUAAAAGCCUGGUCAAAUCUUAUAGCAAAGGUGGAAAAAUAUCAGUUAUACUGGUAAACUCUGUACCGCUAGUAGCUCAGCAUGCCAAAAACAUUAGAGAACAUACUCCAUUCAAUGUUGCACAGUUUUCUGGGGAUAUGAAUGUUGACAACUGGAGCAAAGAAAAAUGGCUGGAAGAAUUUGACAGCAAACAAGUUUUUGUGAUGACUGCACAAAUUCUAGUCAAUUUGGCCAUCACUAAUAAUUAUCUCGGUAAGUUUCCCUAGCAUCUCUGUAAUUCGGAAACUGUUGCACAGACUUAAAUGAAAUGACAAAGUUAAUACUAUGUCAAGGAGGUUUAACAAAUUGAUCCACUGGUGACGGAAUUAUGAUCGGAAAGCAAACAUCCAAGAAUGCUCUAAACUUUUAUAAAUGGUUUUCAUGUGUGGCAUAUUUUGACUGCAGUGAAAAAUGUGUAGGAGAGGCAGAAUUUAAGCAAAGUUGAAGCUAGUGCGAUUCCCACUUUAUUUUUGCUUCCUGUUGACAAUAGAGAAAUUAAACUAACUUUGGCGAGUUUGCCAAACAAAUUUUCAGCUGGUUUGGAUGAAAUCCCGGUGGUAGUUCUAAAGCAGAUAUCUGACUAUAUAUGCGAACCGUUAGCUUAUAUUAUUAAUGAAUGUCUGUUUACAGGAAUUUUUCCGUCACAUUUAAAGAGGGCCAAACUGGUUCCCAUUUACAAAAAAGGAGAUGUGCAUGACAUAGAUAAUUAUCGACUAGUCUCACUGUUAUCUUCUGUGUCAAAGGUCUUCGAAAAAGUCAUAUAUUCAAGGAUAAUGAACUUUAUCAAGAAAUACAACAUUUUAACAAGAAAUCAAUUUGGCUUUCGGCCAAAUCAUUCCACACAACUAGCACUAUUUAAAGUUCUUACUUAUAUUGUUGAAAAUGUGGAUAAGAAUGAAAAAGUGGCCGGUCUGUUUUUUGAUCUGUCUAAGGCCUUCGACACCAUAGACCAUCAAAUACUCCUUAAAAUUCUGUCUAAACAUGGAAUACGAGAUAUGAAUAGGAUCAAUUUACUAAUAUUUGAUGAGUGUCACAAAGCUGUAGGGGACUCACCUAUGCGACAAAUAAUGAAAAAUUUGUAUGGGAAUUUGAGGGAAGCACCAAGAGUCAUCGGAUUAACCGCAACACUUUUAAAUGGAAAUUGCUCACCACUUAAAGUGCACACAAAGGUUUACGAAUUAGAAACAACUUUUCAUUCUAAAGUAGCUACAGUGGAUGAGCUUUCGGAUGUUAUCAGGUAUUCUACAAAUCCAAGAGAAAAGAUCAUACUGUACCAGCCAUACAGCCUGAGCAACAUAGAGGAAACUGUAUCCUCAGUUUUGAAACAAGUCCAAGAACUGAUGCAAGUAGUUGAUAUUGAAGAACACUUCCAGUCAAAAGAGCUUAAGCCCCUCAAAGAGAAAUCGUACUUCAAAAAGAUGAGUAACUGUAUGAAUGAAGUAACUGAUACAAUUCGUACAAUGGGAACAUAUGGAGCAGUGAAAGCUAUAAUAUCUCUAAUGAUAAAGUUUGAGAGAAUAAAACGUUAUUGUACGAUAGAUAUAGUGGUAUGGAAUAUUCUUUCUCAUGGAAUAACAGUGCUCCAAUUCGUAAUGGAGAUGUUGCUAAAGGAGUUUCAAAAGUUCAGUAAACAACAGCAAAUUUUUAGCUUUUCCUCAGAUAAGAUGCUGAAGCUAUUUCAAAUACUUGGAGAUUACAGUUCAUCUUCAAACGAGGAACUUUGUGGUUUAAUAUUCACGAAGGAAAGAUCCACCGCCAAAAUAUUGCACCAUGUUCUGAGAGAUUUGAGUGAACACGUACCAGAGUUCAGGCACAUAAAGUCGGAUUUCAUUGUGGGUUAUAACGGAAAUCCUUUUAAUAGCACCGUAGAAUCGCUUCUGAUUAAUAAGAAGAACAGACAAGUACUCGAUCGUUUUAGAAACAAGGAGAUUAACGUUUUAGUGGCGUCAAAUGUACUUGAAGAAGGUGUAGAUGUUCCAACAUGCACUAUGGUUGUCAGAUUUGACAGACCUAUGGACUAUCGCUCCUAUGUUCAGUCAAAAGGUAGAGCUCGCCACAAGGACAGCCUAUUCUACAUUAUGGUGGACGCUGUAGAAUCAAAAGAUUUUGAGAGUAGUUACCUUGACUUCAAGGCAGUAGAACAGAAGUUGAAAGAUCUGCUAAUAGGCAAGAACAAACAUCGUCGACUUCCCGAUGAGAAAGACAUAAAACGCAUGUAUGAUGAGGAUGAAUUGCCACCAUACUACGUGAAUGGCCCUGGAUCUGCUCAAAUUAACAUGCAGAACGCAAUAGCUUUGCUGUGUCACUACUAUGCCUCUCUACCUUCGGACGAAUACACUACUUACGCCCCAGAAUGGUUCAGCGAAGAAAGAAGCGAUGGUUCGUUCCGAGUUGUCAUUCAUUUGCCAACAGUCUGUCCAGUGCUGGAUGUAGUUAUUGGUCAGUGGACACCAACUUUGAAGGCAGCGAAAGAGGCAGCAGCUUAUGAAGCAUGUAUAAUGCUGUUCAAGGCUGGAGUAUUUGACGAGCAUCUACGCCCAAUAAAAAUUGAUGAAUCAGUUGAUGAUAUAAAAUUUUUAUUCUCGCAUUAUCCAGAAAAAAAAGAAAAGCACGCAGGCACAUCCAAAAUGAAAAGACUCCACAAGAUUCAGGUACCUUCUUGUGUACGUGGCCAACUUCGCCCAGGAAUGCCGGUGUAUUUGCACAUAAUUUCCCUGAAUCCGCGGUUUCCCAAGAUCAGUGAUAGCGACAUCAACGAAGCUACGAUGUACGACAACUAUGUGUCCUCUAGAUGUUACGGAUUUUUGACGCCUGAAAGAUGUAACCCCAUAUGCAGUUUUCCCAUUUUCGUUACUAUGGGUCAAAUUAACGUCCAUGUUGAAGUAAACAAGAGGACUUUAGUAUUAGAUGAAGAUCAGUUAGCGGCGUUAAGACAUUUCCACUGCAGCGUGUUCAGAGACGUUUUGAAGGUCCUUCAAAAAUUCUUAAUUUUUGACUGCAGUGACGAUGCAGAAACUGUCCUACUCGUUCCAGUUAACAAACUCACAGACCAUAUAGAUUUCGAUGUGGUUCGCGAUUAUUCAGACGUAAGAGAAGUCACCGAAUUAACGCAAGCAGAAAAAGUAAAUCUGCAAGUUACCAAAGAAUCGCACCACGGGAAGAUUGUUUCGCCGUGGUACAGAUCCAAUACGUCCACAUACGUCGUAACUGAAGUGUGCCUUGACCGGAACGCAUGCUCGAACUUUCCCAACGAUGAUUAUGUAGAUUUUAGGGAAUACUAUAUAAGAAAACACGAUAAGAGGAUCGAAAACCCAACUCAGCCACUACUGUUAGUGAAGGGACUGACACAAAGACUGAACUUUGUUAAGCCUAAGGGGAAGGAAUCCAAACGCAAGCACGAAAAGUUGUAUGAGGAGCUGACCGAGUAUCUCAUUCCAGAAUUGGUGGUCAAACAAGACUUUCCAUCGUCACUUUGGAUCCAGGCGUGCAUGCUUCCAACUAUCCUCUCCAAAGUACUUUUUUGUUUCCAACUGGAGGAUCUACGUCAACAGAUAGCUAGAGAAUCUGGUUUAGGAGAUUCAGGGGUCUCAAAAACUGGCAACCUUGAACUAGACAUGCACUUGUUGUAUUACGAACCUGACGUUGAUGCCACUGAUGAUUCUAGAGAAGAUAGUGUCUCUGUUCAAGAUGUUUCACUGCUGAAGAAGGAUGCUCCACCUGUUUUGAUGGCCUAUAACAAGGAUUAUGCAGCCAAGAAGUUGGAGGGUCAAUAUCCAUGGAAGGACGCUGACGAACCGACGAAGGAUUUGGAAAGGGAUUUAGAUGUUACACUGAUGGAUAUUGAAUGUUAUGAGGGAUUUAUCUCAGCACAAGUACAGAACGACGAUAUCCAGUUUUCUAUCGACAGUCCAGUCAAGAAACAACGAGCGUUGGCUUUGACUUACUACAAAGAUUAUAGCUUCAAAGAUAUUAAAUUACUUGAUGAUAAAACAUUUGAAGGUCCAGAGUUAUCUGAAUUGUACAGAGCUCUCACGACUGCUAAGGCAAAUGAUAUAGUCAAUUUGGAACGCCUCGAAACGUUAGGAGACAGCUUCCUCAAAAUUAUCACCUCAGUUUAUAUUUCGAUCAAUUUUCCCCAUUGGAAUGAGGGACAAGCAACAGCCCUCAAAGGUCGUAUAGUCAGCAAUAAGAACCUAUUCUAUCUCGCCAGAAAGAAGAACCUUGUUGGGAUCAUACGAUAUCACAGCUUGGAUAAUGUCAAACAUGAUUGGUUACCACCUUGUUUUGCACUUCCUCAAGGUGUACUGAAGAGAAUCGAACGGAAUGACCUAUCACUAAAUGCACUCUUUAACUUAGACUAUACAGAGGACAAACAACAAGAAUCUGGAAUACUUUCCGACGACAAACUGGAAGAGGUGUCUGCGACAGUAUGUCCUCCAGAUGAUACGGAGGACCACCUUUAUAAUAGCAUGGCUUCUUUUCUGAAAUGUCAGUACAUUGGCGACAAACACGUGUCUGAUACUGUGGAGUCGCUUUUGGGGUGCUAUUUUGUGUCGUGUGGAUUUGCAGGUGGAAUGAAGUUCGUUGAGUGGAUGGAAAUUAUACCCGAUGAUUUGUCAGAGAUAUUGAUGCGUCAACCAGAAAAUCCAUUUUUGGUGAAUAAUGCCACACUUGAUGAUCUUUCUCUAUAUAUGCCCUGUUGGCAGAAGGUAGAAGAAAUAUUAGGUUACACGUUUAAAAACAAAGGAUAUAUUCUACAAGCAUUUACACAUGCCUCAUAUACGCCAAAUCGGUUGACACGAUCAUAUGAGCGUCUAGAAUUUCUAGGUGACGCUAUUCUAGAUUUUCUGAUAACUUGCUACAUAUACGAGCAAUGCGAGGGGCUAACCCCAGGGCUGCUAACUGAUCUUCGUGCUGCUUUGGUGAAUAAUAAUACAUUUGCUAGCCUGCUGGUCAGGCUUGGACUUCACAAAUUCAUAUUGUUCAUCAACCAAAAACUGCAAGCUUACAUCGACAGAUUUGUCGAGUUUCUAGAAGAUAAGAGAUACCAAAUUGACGAUGAAGUACUCAUAUUAUUGGACGAGGAUGAGUUGCUUUUGGCCGAACAAUUAGAUGUGCCCAAGGCCCUUGGCGAUGUAUUUGAAGCUCUUGCAGGAGCAGUAUAUCUGGACUCUGGAAAAGACCUGAAAACGGUAUGGAGGGUGUUCCACAAAAUUAUGUGGAACGAAUUGGAACUUUUUAGUCAAAACGUACCAAAGAAUUCUGUUAAACGCCUUUAUGAGUGGCACGGAGCUCAUCCUCAAUUUGGCAAUGUGAUGCUCACCCAAAACAGCAAAGUGAUAGUUCCUCUACAAUUUUUGAUGAAUGGUGUUCCCAAGUUGGUUCAUGGUUGUGGAGCAAAUAAAAUGAUGGCCAAAAAGGCUGCAGCAAAACUAGCCUUACGUUUUUUGGAUUCGUAGUUUUCAAAUACUUUGGUAACUUUAUAAUUGUAUUUGUAUAGUAUAGUAGUUUUGUAGUUGAAUUUGAAAAUCUUAGCAAUUGUGAUUAUCCAGUACUGCAACGGAAAGGCGUAUAUGAAUGUAGAGAUUGCUCUGGUUUCCAUAGAAAAUGUUAUACAGUGAAAACCAAAUUUUUUUGAUGACUUGAGUUCAAUGUGUACCAGAGAGAGGCGCGAGAAGUGUGUAUCAACAAAAGUUAGAAAGAGAUAGAAGCCGGCUGACGAGACAAAGUCAUCACCACAUUGCCUAGCUAUCCAGCCGGCUUCUAUCUCUUUCUAACAUACGUGUCUACAUACACUCUUCUCUCAUACAUAUUGAACUCAAGACGUCAGACAAAUUUGGUUCUCAUUCUACAAAGGGUACUAUUAGAGUUUUGCAAUACAGCUUUAUUUAUUGACUUCGUUCAAAUUAAUUUCCACCACAUUCAAUACACUUAUCCAUCCGCCAAAACCAGUCCUCAAAGCAGUUCUGCCAAGUUUGACCCGGGAGUCCUCAUCUCUAGAAAAUCGUUUUCCUUUUAGCAUUCAUUUUCACAUGAAAGAACAGAUCGGCAUUUUCUGACAGCUACGGGUCUGUCCUCGUCAUCAAAGACCCAAACUUUGUUUUGAGCCCUGGUUAAUAAUUGCAAUAAUUGAGCCAAGUCUCGUCACCUGUCACGAUGCUCUUCACAUACCGAUAUUGCCCCAAACAUUUUCAGCAUCUUUCGGCACCAAGUCGUACGACGAAUCUUCUGCUCUUCCGUCAGACUAUGCGGUACAUUGAGAGAACAAAGUUUCCUUACGUGUAAAUGGUCAUGCAGAAUUGAAUGGUGCAUGAAGGUGUAAGGUCUCCUCUAUUUGUUAGUAUGUCACUCUCCGGUCUUCGUCAAGCAUUUUCCUCAUACUAGUAAUGUUUUCCUCCGUUACUGACAUUCGCGGCCUUCCUCCGGAGUGGAAUUGCCCCUUUGGAAUUCUUAUUUCUUCUAAGCACUGGUCUAUGCUUAAACCACGUGUAAAGUUAUACAGUAAAACUGUCCUUAUCUCACUACUCGACCACGAUGUCGUAGUCCGCACUUACACCGUCAAUACGAAUGAGCAACUAAAUGAAGAGACGUGCUGCUGGCGGCUACUAUUUACUCAUGGACAUGUCUCAACAUGCAGCCUCCUGCGUCCGUUUGUUAAGUCAUAUUGCAAAACUUUUUUAGUACCCUUUGCAUAUGAAUGUAAAGAUUUAUCUGGUUUCCAUGGAAAAAGUUAUAUACUCCUACAUAAUACGAGAUAAUGCAUUUUUGAAGAAAAUAGUUCAUCGGAAGUUUCAACUGCAUUUAGGCGCGUAAUUGUAGUUUACCUUCCUGUUUAAAAUGUUGUCAAGAUUUGUAAUGUUUUCAUUCAUACACACGGAUUUUCAAUAAUUACACCGCACUUAAUAAAAGUAAUCCACAAAUUGAGCUACAGAGGAACUCUUAAACUAUGUACAGAGGGCUACCGAUAAUUCGCCGUAUUCCUUCCAGCAAGGGUAUUACAUAACUUGGAAAGUGACUUUAUGUCGUUUUUUUUUCACAUGUCGAUUUUUUUAUUGACAUUAUGUCGGUUUUUUUGUUGACUUUAACUCGGUUUUUUCGAUAUUAUCUAGGCUUUUUAUGACAUUAUAGCGGAAUGAACUAUUUGCACACUAACCUACAUAGUCAACAAGUUGACAUUUUAUCGUUUUUUUUUUGACAUUACAUAGUUUUUUAGGUAAUAGCCCUGUAGGGCAUGUUAGGGGACUUAAAAUGCGAUAAAUUUGAACAAAUACAGAGUGUAAAAAAAAUCCGGAUAUGACAAAUAAUCUCGAAAACUAUGAGUCUAAAAGAAAUUCUACCCAGGCAUAGGUGUUGUUAACCUUAGCAUUCAGGAUUAAGUUCUAAUAUGUAUACGAUAAAUAAUAUCGAGGUCUCAGUGUUAAAAGACGUUAUCUACAGUUUUUAUGAAAUCAUUAUCCUUAGAUUUACCAUGAUCAAUUUGGUGUUCAAGAACUUUGGGUGUCAAAGAACUGUAUCUCAAUGUUUCCCCUGAAUCCAAAACUAAGGCUCUGUUCCAGUUUUCAGACACAAAAGGAAAUGAAGUGUGUUGAAACUAACAGUAACGAUUUCACAUAAAUUGUAGGUAUCUUUUGACACUAAUACCUAAAUUCUGCCUAUUCAUAGAUUUAGGUUUUUUUCCCGACUAUCUAAUGGUGACAUUGAACUCGACUUUGACCUUUAAGGUCAUUACCAGGUCAAAUCCAUGUUUUAAAAUAGUACUCUAUACUUUUGACAUCGGAAAGUGGAAAAGUUCCCUGGUUAUCUGACAGUGGUCUUGAUUUUGUCAUUAGUCUUCAAGACCAAUGCCAAAUUCAAGAUCACCAUUAGGUAGCCGGGGAAAACAGCUACACCUACGCCUAAGUAGGAUUUCUUUUAGACUCGUGGUUUUCGAUAUUAUUUGUCGUACGCGUAAGGUUUUGAACACACUACACAGGGUGUUCGGAAAGUCGAUACCAUCCAUUUGGACACAUAGAGUCACAUAUACAUUAACGGACAAAAGUUGGAAAACAUUCUAAGUAAUUUUUAAAAAGUACGCUAAUUUUUUAUUCAUUAUUAUCAAGGACUAUUUUUUUCUCAUAUAGUUUGCUUACGGACGUGAGAAUACAAAUGACAAUUUGUGUUUACUGUGGAACUACAAAAUGAGACGACAAAAGUAUAGAAACAUAUUUUUUAUUACAAAAUUAAAGACAAUAACUCUACAAAAUGAUUUAAGAAUACUGUUUAGCUAAUAUUUGGUAGCAUAGCCUUUAGCAUUCAAGACUGCCUGACAUCUGCUGCUCAUAGAAGACACCCAUUUUUCACAGACUUGGGAUAUUUUGCCAAAUAUUUUUUACAUAUUCAAAUAAAUCGUUCUUAUUUUUAAAAGUUUUUCUUGUCAGUUGUCUUUUAACAUGCUCCCAGCUCUCUUAAAUUUUUCUUUUACUUUUGCCAUUUUCACUGUUAAUAAAAUACAAAAUGUUAAUAUUUACCGCACGCAAUAUGUGUAUCGCAGAAUGAAUAAAUACGGCAAAACUGAAAUGUUUCCAUACUUUUGUCGUUACAAAACUGUGGUAUUUAAAACACGCGUGUUUUUGUUUUCAGAUAAUGUGAAAAUUGAUAAGAUAAACCUUGUAUUAGUACGGGAGCCAAAGGUAGAUUUUAAUAUUUAUAUUAUCUGUUCCUUCACAAUUUUAAUUUAGGUAUAUGAAAUAGUUCAUAAUAAUGUUAAUAUUUGUUUCCAAAAUUUUGUCCGCUACUGUACAUGUCAAAUAAAAUCCAGAAAAUAUCUCAUUUUCGAAAAUUUUUGGCUGUUACAAUAUGUCCUCACCCAGUGGCGUACGAAGUAAAAGUGGAAAUGUUAAUGAGCAAUUUAUAAUAACCCCCCAUCUCAAACGAAAAAUAAAAACGAUUUUGAAUAAAAUUAUUCAAAAAAUAUCUCCUUGUCAAAAAUUUUUGGCUGUUACAAAAUGUCCUCACCCAGUGGCGUACGAAGUAAAAUUGGAAAUUUUAAUGUGCAAUUUAUUAUAACCCCCCAUCUCAAAUAGUCACGAAAAAUAAAACUAUUUUGAAUAAAAUGUUUCAUUUGUCUAUGUCGGAAAAUGCAAUUGCAAAAAUUUCUAAUUGUCAUUUUUUUUAGUUACCUAAAUGCACAAUUCGGCCCCCAUUUAAAUUGCUUAGUAUCGUUUACUUUCCCUGAGAACCCAAUGGUGAGAGUUGAAUUUGAAACACCCAGUAUAGGCUGAAAUUUGUUGUAUUUUAGAUUCCCUAUCAUGCCCUGGAAGGAAUAUGGCAAAUUACCUGUAUCCUGUAAAUUGACAAAUAUUUAUAUUUAUUUAUGAGGAUAUCAUUGUUUUAUAUAUUUGUAUUAAAUCUAUUUGAUAUAA